AUGUUGGCCUUCUUGGUUCUCGUGUCUGUGGCCCUUGUGUCAUCUCACCAGACUGCAGAGCACUUUGAAGGUGAGAAGGUCUUCCGCGUUGAUGUUGAAGAUGAAAGCCACAUCAACUUGCUGAAGAAGUUGGCCAGCACUACCCAGCUUGACUUCUGGAAACCUGACUCCGUCACCCAAAUCAAGCCCCACACCUCCGUUGACUUCCGUGUAACAGCAGAAGAUGUCUCCGCUGUGGAAGACUUCCUGGAUCAGAAUGAACUCAACUAUGAGGUCUUGAUCAACAACCUGAAAUCCCUGCUGGAGGAUCAGUUUGACAGCCAGGUCCGCAGCACCGGACACAACUACAAGAAGUACAACAACUGGGAAACGAUCGAGGCUUGGACCGAACAGAUCGCCAAGGAGAAUCCCGCCCUCGUCACCCGCAGCGUCAUCGGAACCACUUUUGAGGGACGCAAUAUGUACGUUCUGAAGGUUGGCAAGAGUGGAGAAAAUAAGCCUGCCGUCUUCAUGGACUGUGGUUUCCAUGCCCGAGAGUGGAUUUCCCCUGCCUUCUGCCAGUGGUUUGUGAAAGAGGCUGUUCGUACCUACGGACGUGAAACCCACAUGACUGACCUUCUUGAAAGGUUGGACUUCUACAUCUUGCCCGUGGUCAAUAUCGAUGGCUACGUUUACACCUGGACCAAGAAUCGCAUGUGGAGAAAGACCCGCUCCAUCCAUCCUGGUUCUUCCUGCGUUGGUACUGACCCCAACAGGAAUUUCGAUGCUGGUUGGUGCAAAAUUGGAGCCUCUAGGAAGCCUUGCGAUGAUACCUACUGCGGACCUUCUGCAGAGUCUGAGAACGAGACCAAGGCCCUGGCUGACUUCAUCCGCGCCCACCUCUCCUCCAUCAAGGCUUACCUGACCAUCCACUCUUACUCCCAGAUGAUGCUGUACCCUUACUCCUAUGACUACACAGUCGCAAAGGACAAUGUUGAAUUGAAUGCCCUGGCUAAGGCCACCGUGAAGGAGCUGGCCACUCUGCACGGCACCAGAUACACCUACGGACCAGGAGCCACAACCAUCUAUCCUGCUGCUGGCGGCUCCGACGACUGGGCUUAUGACCAGGGAAUCAAAUAUUCCUUCACCUUUGAGCUCAGAGAUAAGGGCAGAUAUGGCUUUGCCCUCCCCGAAAGCCAGAUCCAGGCAACCUGUGAGGAGACCAUGCUGGCCGUGAAGCACAUCGCCGGCUACGUCCUGGAACACCUCUACUAGAGCAGAGA